AUGCAAUCAACGGCACUUAGAUUCCUUGAAGUAUCAUCAGAAUAUCGCUUAUCAUCAAAUGAUUUCGAGACAACUGUCUGGAUAACAGAUCCAGAUAUUGAAUUUCGUCGUGCAACAAUUCUCGAGGAACAUAAUGAUAAUGUUACUGUUGGUUUUCACGAUGAAAAUGGUCAUUUCGAAAAGCGUAUUAUACCAAAAUCAGAAGUGAAAUUACCAAGUGUAUCGUAUUUUGUGGAAGAUAUGUGUAAUUUAAGCGAAUUAAAUGAUGCAUGUGUUCUUGAAGCCGUUCGUUCCCGAUAUGAAGCACAACUUAUUCAUACUUAUUCGGGUCUUUUUUGUAUUGUUGUUAAUCCAUGGAAGAAUAUACCAAUUUAUACAAAAGAAGUAAUGGAAGUAUAUAUGCAUACCGUUGAUAGGAAUUAUUAUCAUUUACCACCUCAUAUAUAUGCUGUUGCACAAACUGCUUAUGAUGGUCUUCUAAGUGGUAACAAUCAGUCAAUUUUAAUAACGGGUGAAAGUGGAGCAGGUAAAACUGUGAAUACAAAACGGAUUAUUGAAUAUCUGGGAGCAGUGUCCGAGUAUCGAGGUCAAUUUGGAAUAUCUGACGGUAUCGAUAAACGACUUACUGCUGCCGGAAUUGUUAUUGAAGCAUUUGCUAAUGCAUCUACAAUUUAUAACAGUAACAGCUCUCGAUUGGGAAAAUUUAUUCGAAUGGAUUAUGAUGAUGAUAUGAUAAUGAAAGGAGCUCAAAUUCAAACAUGCUUGCUUGAAAAGUCACGCGUUGUAAAGCAAAAUAAUGACGAUCGGAAUUUUCAUAUUUUUUAUCAAUUAUUAUCGGAUGGUUUCGAUAAGGAUUUACGUUAUUCGUUUGGUCUUGGACAGAGCGCUAAUGCAUACAAAUUUUUAAAUCAAGGUGGCAAAAUUAAGGAUCCGGAAAUUGAUGAUGCUCAAGGUGCUGUUGAUACAUUG